AUUUUACAUCACCAUCUGGUCGCCAGUGCAAGGUCCAGCGUUGGACUCAUUUUAUUUCUAUCGAUGGACAACUAUGGCUAUAUCUGCGAUAUUGUUUCGAGUAUGUACACUAGCGUUCUUCCUUGCUGAAAUGGUUCGAGCUGACGGCUCCCAGUGCCGCCCAAACGGUGAAUAUUCGACAGCAAUCAACCGACUGAGAAACGACAUACUGUGUUCAUACGACGUGUUCGUUCGUCCAGUUCGACAAUACAACGAUACAGUCGACGUCAAAGUUCGUCUUUCUCUCAGGAGGAUUCAAUUCGACGAGAGGAGAGACUCAUUGGAAGUUCACAGCUUUUUCUUAAUGAAUUGGAUAGACUACCACUUUGUUUGGGAACCAGCCAAAUAUGACAACAUCGACAAUCUUCAUGUGGCAAGCAACACGAUCUGGAUCCCCGACAUCGGUGUGUUUACGUCUGCUGAUGAGACGUCUUUCAGCCUUUACAAGCCACCCACAAUCUGCAUUAUAUACAAUGACGGGGUCGUAGUGUGCGCUCCUGCCUCCACGCACACAGCGAGCUGUUCUGCAGACCUGACGCACUGGCCUUACGACAGACACACCUGCAAUUUGGUGAUGGGCUCUUGGACACACACGGGCGAGAAGGUCAACGUAUCUCUCAUGGAAAGAAGCAUUGCACAAAUGGCUAAAAUAAACAGUUUGAGUGGAUAUCGUAUUCAUUUAAGUCAACUUGAUGAGAAGAAGCCACGCUGCCAACUCUUGGUAGAAACUUUCAUCAUUGGUCUUGUGCAGCUUCGUGGUCUGGCAGUAUUCUUCUUUCCCACUGCAGCCAACAAUUCCUGCAAAGAGGGAAUGCAGCGCAACAACCCAGAAGACAGAAAUCUUAGGGUUGUUCUGAUGCUGAUGACACUAGUGACCUGGACGAAAGGUGAUCAGUCAGCCCGGCUGAUGCUGGCCAUUAUCGACGUCUUCACUCACUUCCUCUUUCUGCAGUACUUGGGAAGCUUACUGCCAGCAAAUGGUGACAGCACCCCUCUGAUAGUGACCUUCUACCGGGACUCCAUGAUUCUAGCGACCAUGGCUCUCUUAACAGCUAUUAUCGUACGAGGUCUGAGGAGGACAGCAAUUUCUCUUCCAGUCUGGAUCUCAGGCCUGUCCAGUUGGAUCGUUGGGAAUCGCUUUGGACAAGUAUUAAUCUUCCAUAAUUUAGACCCAAAGGGUGCUGCAGUCGCUUCUGAGGCUUCUGGAGAAGAAGGUGCUAACCUCGUAGACGUUGCUGGGUCCCAGCCAUCCGACUGGGGGAUUUUCACAUCACUGCUCGACCUGACUUGUUUCGUGAUCACUUUGGUUACGUAUUUCGUACUUAUACUGGGAUUUAUGCCCUGAAUCACGUGUCAAGGCGUCCACUGAUGAAGUUCAACGCAUCUGUCACUUCAGGGAUCCCGACAGAAAUUGCAUGACUCAUCGCCAAGCGCCAACAUCGUGUUAUUUCUGCAUUAAUCGUAUGUGGAAUGUGGGGAUUGUCGGAUUAAAUUUCUUCGUAAAUUUUCCGGGACUACAGCUCCACACACACACAAUAGGCAUCCAUAAACAUAUAAAGAAAGUCAGGCCUAUGAGAUCAACCUGCUAAAAGAAAUACACUUAGCUUACCCAAAAUUAAUUUAACGAAACAGUGAGACGCCUUGCACAAGAUAUUGGUGUAUCAAAAUCGUAAGCAGCCAAAGCCAUAAAGCUUCAACAUCGGCCAUACGAAACAACUUUGCAAAUUGGUUUCUGCAACUCGUUCAUGACGAUCAAGUUAACUCUCAUUUGACUUCUUUUUCUGAUGAAGCGUUGUUUCAUUUGUACUUUCAUGUUCCUCCCAAAACAACUGCCACUGGAUUUCCGUUAAUCCAUAUUUAAUCCACGAAGUUCUACUUCAUGACGUAUAAAGCGUCUGUGCGUGGACUGGGACAACAUUUCAGCACCUCUCAUGACGCAAGUCAGUCGGCUUUAUUGUUAUUAUGCAGCGACACUAGACCAUAUCGGGAAAAUCUCGUAGCGCUUACCUGUGUUAUGCAGUUCCUCCCGAGAGCCGGGAUGUGACCGCCGCGUUUAACUUUAUCAGUGGACGAAUUGUAUUUUCCAACAGAUUAUAAGUGCUGAUUGUCACAUGGAGUUAGCUUAAAUAAACAUUGUCUACGUGACUUUGCAUAAA